AUGCCCAAAGCCAACGAGUACCGCUGCUCCGUUGGCGGCGAAUGGAAGAUUCUUGAUGCCUUCUCCAAGAGUCAACAGAGGCGUGGCAAACUCGGUGAUCAUAAGAACUCUGGGAUGAUCUGCAUGGAGCACAGUCAGCCAGUUCGCGCUGAGCUCACCUGCGCAGUCUGUUACAGGGCUAGGGUUAUUGACGAAUUCUCUCCUGCUGAGCGCAAAUCUGACGACCCACGUUGCAGACAAUGUGUGGCUUGGGACACAGAGCAAGAAUAUGGUAUCGUCCCUAUCCAGCUGGCUACCGGACAUGUAUCUAUCGAGGAGCCAGCACUCCGUGACUACUCUGCACCAACAAACACCGCUGUCUUCUUCGAGCCUGAGACUCUCCCCGGUGCCCCUAUCACCAGUCCCCAGAGCCUUGGCCUAAUGCCUAAUGAGACUAUGAACAGGGCAUUCUUCCAAGUUGUUGGCACCCCGCAAGGCGAUACCAGCUCAGUCAUCGGCAACUCGGAGACCUCUGCUCAAGUGACCAUAGCGUCGCACUCGGAGACAGCCAGUGUUGUGAAUGAGAACAGGUCGACCGCAUCAGGCCGUCUCCCUCCACACCUUCGAGGCCGUCUUGCCAACCACACAUCGUCGGCCACGUCCAGCCAGAUUGCGGAUCCCCUGCCUGAGCCGCACACUCUGUUGAACAAGAGUCUGACAAUGGAUCAAGGCCCUGUUACAAAGAGCGUGACAAGCACCACGACUGUGGGAAUGACGCUCCCCCCUCAUCUUCUAGGUAAGAAGAAGCGAGAGCAAAGCAGCGAAGCCAGCAACUCUGGUGUGGAAGGGAGCACCACUGGCAGUAUUUCCACUGCUACAACCCUGCGAAAGGAACAUGAGGAGAUAACCGCCUCCCGCAGAAUUAACUUCAACGCCUGGGACUCCCAGGGUGCUCAGCACAGAGCCUCCAAGAACCCUACCGAGGCCUCCAGCACUGCCUCUGUCGCUUCAUCUUCCAGCAAGACCUACCAGGACUCCAACCUCAUCGGCAACUGGGACGAAGUUCCCGACGUUCCCGUUGCCCCGAUGCCACAGACUCGUGGUGGCAGCAGCAAGUGGCCCAAGGCCAGCGAACUCCGAUUCACCCAGGCCGAGCUCAGGCUGCAAGAGCGAACUUUGGUGCGCCCAAAAUAG